GAUUCUCUCUGGGAUCCACUGUGCAGGCUCAUACAAAAGGAAUCUGGAUGUGGUGUGUGCCUCACCCCCACAAGGCAGAACACACGCUUGUUCUGCUUGACACUGAGGGCCUGGGUGAUGUGGAGAAAGGUGACAACAAGAAUGACUGCUGGAUUUUUGCCCUGGCUAUUCUUCUAAGCAGCACCUUUGUCUACAACAGCAUGGGAGCCAUCAACCAGCAGGCCAUGGACCAGCUGCACUAUGUGACAGAGCUCACAGAUCGGAUCCGAGCAAGAUCCUCACCUGACCCAGAUGAUGGGGUAGAAGACUCAGCUGAGUUUGUCAGCUUCUUCCCUGACUUUGUGUGGACUCUGAGGGAUAUGACCUUGAAAAUGGAAGUAGAUGGACACCCCAUCACAGCAGAUGAGUACCUGGAGAUUUCUCUGAAGCUCAAGGAAGGUUCCUGCAAGGAAGUUGAAAAAUAUAACCUACCCCGACUCUGUAUUCGUAAGUUUUUCCCAAAGAAGAAAUGUUUUAUAUUCUACCCACCCACUGAGUGGAAAAAGCUUUUUCGGCUAGAGACACUGCAAGAAAAUGAGAUCGAUUCUGAGUUUCUGAAGCAAGUAGCAGAAUUCUGUUCAUACGUCUUUAAGGAGUGCAAAGCCAAAACCCUUCCAGGAGGUGUCAUUGUCAAUGGCCCACGACUAGAAACCCUGGUGCUGACCUAUCUCAGUGCCAUUGGCAGUGGGGAUCUCCCCUGCAUGGAGAACGCAGUCCUGACUUUGGCCCAGAUAGAGAACUCAGCAGCAGUGGAAAAGGCCAUCACCCACUAUGACCAACAGAUGAGCCAGAGGGUACAGCUGCCCACAGAGACCCUCCAGGAGUUGCUGGACCUGCACAGGACCUGUGAGAGAGAGGCCAUAGAAAUCUUCCUCAGGACCUCUUUUAAAGAUGAAGACCAUUUAUUUCAAAUGAAAUUAGGGUCUCAGCUAGAAGAAAGAUGGGAUGACUUUUGUAAACACAAUACGGAAGUGUCAUCCAACCGUUGCUGGGCAUUGCUUCAGGAUAUCUUCAGACCUCUUGAAGAAGGUGUGAAGCAAGGCACUUAUUCAAAGCCAGGAGGCUACUACCUCUUUGUUCAGGAGACCCAGAGGCUGAAGGAAAAGUACCAUGGACAACCCAAGAAGGGCUUACAGGCUGAAGAGGUUCUGCAGAAAUAUUUACAAUCCAAGGAGUCUAUUUCUACUGCAAUUUUACAGACGGAUCAGAAUCUGACCAAAAAGGAAAAGGAGAUUGAAGUGGAACGGAAGAAAGCUGAAUCUGCACUGGCUGCUGCAAAGCUGUUGGAGGAAACACAGAAGAAAAAUGAGAAGCUGAUGGAACAGAAAGAAAGAAGUUAUCAGGAGCACAUGAAACAGCUGACUGAGAAAAUGGAGAAUGACAGAAUCCAAUUAAAAGCAGAGCAAGAGCGGACAUUAUCUCUGAAACUUCAGGAGCAGAAUCAGCUACUCCAAGAGGGGUUCCAGAAAGAAAGCAGAAAGCUUCAAGAAGAGAUGAAGAACGUGGAGAAGAGAUACAAGGAAAAAAUCGAUCAUAUGAAAGCUGAAUUUUCAAAGACUACAGCAAAAAUAAUAGAAGAAACACAAAAGAGAUAUGGACAGAUAUUGGAAAAGAAAGACAGGAAUCACCAGGAACAUGUGCAACAGUUGAUGAAAAAGAUGGAGAGAGACAGAGCACAGUUAAUAGCAGAGCAAGAGAAGAAAAUGACUCUUAUCCUUCAGGAGUGA